AUGAUGAUGAUGAUGAUGAUGAUGAUGAUGAUGAUGAUGAUGAUGAUGAUGAUGAUGAUGAUGAUGAUGAUGAUGAUGAUGAUGAUGAUGAUGAUGAUGAUGAUGAUGAUGAUGAUGAUGAUGAUGAUGAUGAUGAUGAUGAUGAUGAUGAUGAUGAUGAUGAUGAUGAUGAUGAUGAUGAUGAUGAUGAUGAUGAUGAUGAUGAUGAUGAUGAUGAUGAUGAUGAUGAUGAUGAUGAUGAUGAUGAUGAUGAUGAUGAUGAUGAUGAUGAUGAUGAUGAUGAUGAUGAUGAUGAUGAUGAUGAUGAUGAUGAUGAUGAUGAUGAUGAUGAUGAUGAUGAUGAUGAUGAUGAUGAUGAUGAUGAUGAUGAUGAUGAUGAUGAUGAUGAUGAUGAUGAUGAUGAUGAUGAUGAUGAUGAUGAUGAUGAUGAUGAUGAUGAUGAUGAUGAUGAUGAUGAUGAUGAUGAUGAUGAUGAUGAUGAUGAUGAUGAUGAUGAUGAUGAUGAUGAUGAUGAUGAUGAUGAUGAUGAUGAUGAUGAUGAUGAUGAUGAUGAUGAUGAUGAUGAUGAUGAUGAUGAUGAUGAUGAUGAUGAUGAUGAUGAUGAUGAUAAAAUUUACACACGUACACAGAUGA